UUGUGAUUAUAAACAAUAAAGUAAGUUAAACAAUCCUCGCGUUCCCACGAUGUCAAAACGUGAAGGAUUUGGUAACGAUCUCUGGUACACUGUGCAACCUAAGAACAAAUCUACAGUAAGCUGGGAUCUACUUACAGAGACAAACAACAAAGCAAAACAAAUGAAAAGUAUACCAGAUAAAAUGCUGGCAAGAGAUAUUGAAAACAUUCUGAGGAAGAAAAUAGCCUACGUGUCUGGAAGCAAAGAUCGCAGAAAUUGUUACAUAUUGACUGUCCCUCCAAUCAAAGAACCAUGCACACACACGGAUAAAGAUUAUGGAAUUACGUUUAAAUACUUGUCUGGAAUUUUAAAUUUUCUUGAAAGUAAAAACGGAUUUACGGUAAUACUAGACGCUCGUACUUCGACCUGGUCGUCCAUCAAACCAGUCAUCAGAAAAUUACAGUUUUAUCUUCCUGAUGAAAUAUCGUUGAUGUGCAUUAUAAAACCACAAGAUUUCUGGGAGAAGAGGAAAGCAAGUCACAGCUUCAAGAAAUACAGAGAUCAGCUACGAUUUCGGGCCUUACUUAUAUCGGCUGACAAACUACCACAAUAUGUUGAAAAGACGCAGUUGACAGCGGAAUUUGGAGGGUGGAUGCGAUAUAAUCAUGAUCAUUGGCUUCAAAAAAGAAUUUCAUACGAGAAAUUUAAUAAAGAGGCCCAUGAUGUCAUUGACCUCACUGACACAUUGAAAAGUGCAAUCAAUCAAAAUGAGUAUUCCGGGAACGAUUCAACAACUUCUGAAUAUUUGAGCGACAGUGGUCAUGUAUCAGCUGGAUCUCCAACUACCAGCACAUCUACAACUGUUUCCCAGCAGCAAGCUUACCCGAUUCGUCCAGGAAAUGACGCAUCAGUCCAGAAUGGUACAAAACAUGUAUAUGAAAGACUAAGUGAUGUUCAAAGUCACAUUGACAGGCCUUGCCAGAACCAACAGCCAACUGCUAGUAGUCGAUCGAGAAGUACAACAAGGACGACAAGAACGACGACGAAUUCAUAUCAAUCUAAAGAGUCUCAUCCGCCUUCGCCUCCACCACGCAAAGCUAGAAGCAGGAGCCUUUCUCCGGCGAAAUACAAGGCACUGCGAUCCCAGGGCUCAAGACAGCGACCACGAUAUGAAACCCCGACUCAGAGAAUCCAGCCUUCAACGCUUCCACGAAGUCCACCGCCAUCUGACUAUGUGUAUGCAAUACCAAGCUACGGAAAAUCCUCCAGACAAGUGGCGACACUGUCGGAUGCUCACGUUUCCAACAAAGAUGUUAGAGUUGUACAAAGCCAGCAAUCCAAUUCCAAAUCGAUGAGGCGGGAUGGAAGGCAAUCCUCUGGCCCCAGAGUACUAAGACAUCGCCACCGUUCACAAGAUGACGUAUUGUCAUCUCCGAAAAUAGAUAUUGAACCAUUGGAUUUUAGUGAACUGAGGUUGAAGCCAGCAAAGUCCGAACCCAACCUUACACCCCGUGGAAACGAUUCCUCGAAAUCCAAAGCCAGAUAUAAUCACGUGAGGGGGAAAAGCGAUAUAGUUGACGGAUACGAGGUUGCGAUAUCCAAGAUCAAAGAAGGGUUGAUGGAAUUACCAGAUUCGACGAGAAAAAGAGGUCAAAAACUUAUGAAAGAAUUGCGAUCAAGCUCCGACGAAUUCGGGUUCAAAGGUGAUUCAGCAAUGUCACAGACAGACGAAGAAAGAAAAAUGAUGAGACAAGUUGACAAUUUGCAAAACAAACUCAACCACAUAAGGCAAGAAGGCCCCAGUUCGCUUGCCAAAGUUAGACAACGCAAUCGACGUGAUGAUGACUUAAAACGUGUCAGGAGGAAAACAGUUUCAGGAGUUCCCGAACACAAAGGAGCCAACUUGCCUUCAGAAUUGAGUCGAUCCACCAUUGCUAUCAGUGCAAAUAAAUCCGCAACAAACAAUCAACAAAGACUGAGAGGCAGAAGUGGAUCUCAUGGAAAUUUGAAACAACUUGACAAACCGAUGUCAGCAAAUGAAAUUGAAAAUUCACUGAGAGAUAUAUAUAACUGGAUAGUUGGAGCAGGAGAAAACAUUUUACAAAAUCAAUUAGAUGUCGGAGAUUCAACCGAAGCCGUUGAAAAAUUACUUAGAUCGCAUUCACAACUAGAGAAAAGAGCAAAUAGUAUCUUCACUACGAUGUCAACCUUAAAACUGCAAUUCGACAAACUUCGUCGAACAAUGGAGAGACACCAAUCGAAUUACGAACAGGAACGUAAAGAAUCGAUUCGAAUUAUGAUGAGUGAACUAAAGUACAACCUGGCAACUGUUGAUGAAACAUGCAAAAUAUUUAACGGAAAAAUAAUCAGAAGAAAAAAUUUAUUGGAGAGAUCUUUAACGUUCUAUAGAACACGAGAUGAGGUCUCCAAAUGCCUCUGCAAUCUUGCAACAGUUUGCACUAACGAAGCUAGUUUACUGGACACCACAGAUGGAAUACAUUCGCUACUAGAUCAACUGCAACAACAAAUGCAGGAAACUAAACGACAACAGCAAAAACUUUUCAUAUCAGCCCGAAUGUUUUCCGACCUAAUGAAAAGGGAACAAGACAAUCCAUACAUAUCUAGAAGGUCAGCAAUCAAUGUCGAUUAUUCGAGAGAAAUCAGAUAUGUUCAUUGGAGCGUGAACAAAUUGAGAGAAAGUAUUCAACAGAGCGAAGAUACUUGUGAGUUUCAUAAGAAUCAAUUCCAGCAUGUUCUUGAAUUGAAAGACUCACAACACGAUGCUUCACAGACAAUUGAAUGGAUGUGUGAAAUGUCCGAAAAUAUUCGGCACAAACAUUUCGCACUCGGAGUAAACGCAAAAGAAACUGAGAUUCUUCGCUUGCAACACGAAGAGAUAAAGAACACUGCAAAGCGAGCGUAUGACAAUGGGAAGAAAAAAUUAUCCUGUAUAUCAGUUCUUAGAAGAACAUUGGAUUUGUCACCUGGCGCACCUAAGAGUCCUUCGAAUUCAUUGAAACGAACGAAUAGUUGUAGUCAACUUGUGGGGGCUAAUGGUGCAGUUCUGCCUACUUUGGAAAAAGCGUGGAAUCAAUUUAUGCAAGUUUGGGAAGAAAGGAAUAGUCGACUUGCGGUGGCCCAUUUGUUUCAUAACAACAGUGAGAAAAUUAUCAAACGAGCAUCACGACUUGGCUCUGAUUUAGAUCUAGCAUUUCAAUCUGCUAGAACAGAUCCAUCAUCCAAGACAUCGAAUGGUCAACUUGGGUCUCCGACCAUGUCGCGGAUAACGCCACUUCGUGAAGCACACAUGUCACUCAACGACGAAAUGAGUCACGUGAUGAAAAUGGGGAAUUCAAUAUUGAAAGACGUUGGAGGCGGCAAGAGAAGUGAUCCAAUUGCCUCUGCGAUUCAAUCAAAGAUGAAACAUCUUGAUUUUCUCCGUUCGUCAUUGCACAACAAAUGGAGUAAAGUAGAAAGAAGAAGAAACGUUUUAUCGCCCGGAUCAACAUUCAUGGAAGGGAUGAAAGAGGCAACCGAUUGGAUUAGAAUCAAGCUAGUUGAGUGUGGACCGAAUACAUUUGACAUCGGAAAAAAUCUGAAAGAAGCAAUUGAACUCCGCGAGAAACAUGUCUUAACAUUAAAUGCAAUGCAGACAAAAGAAAACCAGGUUUCAGCUUUACUAGAACAAGCCAAAUCAUAUUGCGACGAGAAUGCGUUUGAUCGACCAAUUUCGAGUCGAAAUUUGUACGAAGCUAUGGCACAGUCUCUGGCAGAUCUAUGGCAGGAAUUGAAGUCACAUUUAAAUAGGAGGCAACAUUUACUCGGGAAGUCCAUUGGAUUUUACGGAGCCGCUGAAGAGUUUGACAAGCAGCUGACAUAUUUAGAGCAAUAUCUUAAGUGGAAAGAUUUACCAGGAGACAAAUCAUCUGCGCUGAGUUUGUUGGAAACGCAUAAAGAUAUGAGAAAAAACAUGCUUGAAGCAUCAAUGCAAUGUUUAACACAUGGACAGAACUUGCUGGAAAUUUUGAAGAACUGGCGAAAAUCUCAACCCGAUGGGCAGAAGGCCAGCUACGGGAGUGCUUGUACUGCGAUCGAGUGCGCACUUGAAUCGUUGAUUGACAGGCGAAGACAAGUUGAACACGGUUAUGAAAGAAGAAAGGAACAACUUGAAAAAUCACUCAAAACCUGCCACUGGGAAUCGGAAGUGAAAGAGGUGAUUGAAUGGUUCGAAGAAGCAAAGAAGAGAGAUUUUAACACAAACGAUCUCGGAGAAAAUCUUGAACGGGCUGAAGCAAUGCAGUGUCACGUUGAAGAAAUAAAAGUACAGGCUCAGAAUCGUCUUGAGAGAGUCAAAGGACUUCUUCUACGAGCCAUCGAAAGCUUAGGAGCAAUCGGUACAGAACCAGUGGCCCAGAAAGCUCACGAACUGGAUAAUGCUGGAGAAAGUUUUAUGAGACUCAUUGACGAAAGAAGAGACAAUCUUGCACAAUCUGAAAGUUUUUUCCGAGUUGCUUCCGAGGCAAAGAAAUCACUGGAUGAAAUACAAAAGAAUUUAGAUAAUAUGGUAUUUUCAACAGACCUGGAUGAACUUGAAACCCAGUGCUCAAAAUUUAUGGAAGCUAUUUCAUUGUCAUACAAACCUGCUGAAGAUCUGGCGAGGGAUAUUUUGGAGAGAGCUUACGAAGAGGAGGAAGAUCGAAUUGAACCUGGAGCUGUCGGAGUCGAAAAUUCAAUAAGGCAAUUGGAUGAACAGAGAUCAAAUCUGGAGAAAACAGUCAUUAAAUAUAGACAGGAAGCGAUGAGAAUUAAUGAGAUGGCUGCUCUAUUCUUCGCAAGUUGCCAAGAGUUAACAGAUUGGAUGACACGACAAGCAUGUGGCAUGCUCGGUACUAACACGACAUUGGGUGAUACGCAAGACGAAGCUACUCAAUUUCUGGAUUGGCACAAGAGUCUUGCUAAUGAUAUAAAGAAGAAAAACUGCGACCUAGAAUCGUUAGUCGAAACAGCAAACGUGCUAUUAGAAGCUGGAGUAGCGAGACCAACCUUAGUUAGAGAUAGAGCAGAAGAACUCAAAGUCGAUAUGACAAGAAUAAACAAAAUAGUAAACUCAAGAGCAAAUCUUGCGGAGAGUUUUGUGGAUUGUCUAUCGAAUGCCGAUCAGACCUCAGAAACAAUGUCACGGCUUCGGACAGUUCUUGCACCGAGUCAGCACGAAAAGUUGAAUCAGAUGUCUGACCAGGAACGAAUCUCUUUACAAGAAGAACUACAGGCAGUCCAAGAAAAAUGCCUCAAUGCUAUUGACACGUCGCAGAGUUUGAUUGGAAAGCUGAAGGAAGGAAUCGAAGAUGAUAACCUCGAAACUGAGGAAUCGGUGAGCCGCGUACAAGAUAUUACAAAACAACUCAAACAGGAAAAGGACGACCUACUAGAUCUGUGGCUGACUUGGCAAUAUAGAAAUAAUGUAGGGAAGGAUGUGGAUGUACAAUGGAAAAAUGUGGAAAAUACUGCAGAUAGGCUAAUGAAAGCAAUGGAUAACCUAGAGCAGGCGGUGUUCAUAAAUGAUGAAGUGAGGCUCGGGGAUGAUGUUGAUUCAACACAAAAACUAAUCGUGGAUCUUGGGGAUAGACUCAAUUUACUGCAGUCUAUUAAUGGGGAAAUAGAAAAAGUGGUCAAGCUUUCUGAAAUAUUGGGACUCCGUACACCACCCUCACGAACUCCUCUAGCAAGCGUUAAUAAUACUCCACGGAGCAUUGACAGACAAGACUCUACAGAAGACAAAGACCUACUCAUUAGAAGCCUCCUAACCCGUCACCAGAACCUACAGAUGCGGUUGAAGAAUUACAACAUGGCUUUGGCGACCGCCAAACACGUUCAUCGUGACACAGGACAGCUUUGGAAAUUACUCCACGACACUGAGAAUGAUAUGCGGGAAAAGGAGCUUAUUGCUGAAUCCGAAGGGGCACUUGCACAUCCGAAGAAAGAAUCCUACGUGACGUUAUUGCUCCGCAAUCAUGACCGACUCAAAUUAAGUGUGGACGAACUCAUGAAAUCUAUCACGUCCGGCACGUUUGGUGUUCACCAGAUUAUCAAUCAACUGUCUUUAGGAAGGUUACACAAGAGCGAAGAUAGGCCUAGCAUUGACAAGGCAACCAUGGAAAUUUCUGCAGCGAACACAAGCUGGCAAAAACUCUGGCAACAACACAGAGAGACCCUAUUGAAUCAACUUAAUACCGCAUGGUAUUCACAAGAACUCCGCAAGCAAAAACAAGUACUUGACGAAGUGAGCAGGGUAAUUCAAACUCUGGAAAAUGGCCUUCUAUCUUGUUCAAGCAAGAGCAUUGCUGCAUCCUUGUAUGAGGAGUAUGAAAAGAUAUCCUUAAAGAUUCAGACUCCAUAUGAGGACUGUCUAAGUUUCGUUGCGAAUGCUGAAGCAAAUAUGGGAAAAAGUAAUCCCCGACAUAUGGACGUGGAUGAUAUAAAGAAAACCUGGUCCCUCACAAAACAGAGGUUGGAGCGAAUCAAACAGACAAUACUGGCAUACGAACAGUAUUACGAGUUAGCUUUACAGUGCGAUGACUGGCAAUAUGAAAUGGGCAGAAUAUUCAGUGCUUUGAAACAAUACUCCAGUACAAAUAGCACACAAUCAGCGACUCCGACAUUGCAACGAUUGGAUAAAGAUAUUCUCAGUCGAAUUUCUGACCAAGAAGAUCGAAUAAGCGAGAUGAAACGGGUUUUCAACGAUCAAAUCGCUCAUUCCUCUUCUCUCAUUAACACCCAACGUAACAAAACAAAACGACAUGAUUUUAUUAGAGAGUCUCUCAACUCAUUAAGAGAGGAAGCUUUGGCUUUGAAGUCAAAACUUGAACACCAAGAUGAGAUUCGCCUACAGCAAGAAAUGUAUCAACAAAAACAAAGAUUGCAAUGGGAACAACAGGAGCUCCAGUCUCAAAAAUCUCUCGCUGAAAAUGUUUCGAAGCGGGUACAAGAUUCGAUGAAAACCCAACAAAGUUCGCGAGCAACCACAGAACAUGAGGUGAAGGCUUUGGAAGAUAGGAAUGAGAAAUAUUCAAAUGAAGAUGCCGAUAUUCCGCCGCCGCCACCGCCACCUGUCCCCAAACACGGCCCGACAUCACCAGUGUUGCUGAAGCCGACCCCAAUCAAGUUCACACCGAAGCCGUAUGUAGCAAGUCCUUCAGCCGGAAUUUUAAAAAAAUCUCCAAGUCAGCACAAACUAUUCGAUGAGGGUACGGGUGGUUCCUCAACGUCCGGAUAUUCAACGCUCACAGACGGAACAAAAUUACAUGAGCAAACAAAACCGACCACACAACCACCAAGGAGCAUAUAUUCACCCCCGUUGUAUAUUAAUACCAACUUUCCACGAAAGGCACCAAAUGUACUUUCUCCCACAAAAGCUGAACCACAAACGCAUGAAGGCCAAUUAGCCCCAAGUGUUUCAACAAGCCCGCCAGUUCCGACCUGGUCAAAUUUGAAAUCUGCGAAAGCUAACGUGAGCAGUUAUCAAACUACGAACACGCAAAUGAAGCCCAAACAAUCCCUUAUCACUAAAAACGCAAGUUUUGAAAAGGCGGUACACAACCAACUGCGGAAAUACGCAGGAAAGCCCCAAGAGUCCUGGGAAUCGCAAAUUGACAAAGAGUUCGCGGCUAAAGAAGGAAAACUAUUUGAGCGACCUCUGGCAUACACAGACAGUGCGGAGUCAGAACGCAGCGGUGCCACGUCACAGUUCACACCAGUUCCAGAAAGUUUCACUUCAGUAACAGCCGAGGAUACUGUGUCGGAAUCUAACGUCAGUACUUUGACUUCAAUGUCUGAUGAAUACACAUUAGGAGACGAAACUACUCCAAGCGAUGUAUCAACCGUGGAAUCGGUACAAUUGAGCGACCAGGAUAUUUUCCACCAAAAGCCAAAGUCCAGACACCAUAACAUAUUGCCAACGAAGAAGCCUGACACCCACGCAGGCGAUGUUACAAACGGUUUUCUUCCACACGGCGCAAAAUCCAAUCACGAACCGCCGUCUCCGCCUCCACGUCGUCACGGAAUCAUUUCAAAACGAUCGCCCUACCAAGGAAUCUUCAGUAACGGCAUCCACCAGUCACCAGCUCAGCGUAUCAAAAACAAGGAGAUCAACUUUUACGAAAAGGAACACACUAACAAUACACCAGUGUCCACAGAAAUAAAGUUCAAGAAGGUGUUACCACCAGAACCAAAAGCUGAGACCAAACCAAGGUUGCUAAGGGAGCAUAACAUUGAAAGCAGAAAUAACUCGUAUUUCGACACUAAUAAGCCAGAAACAAAACCCACCGACAAAGUUCAUGCUCAUGAUCAGUCGAUCAUCUCACGGAGCCCAAAGGACAUACAGACGGCAUCGGAUCUGAAAUCCGCCUUACUACAAAGAGCCCAGAUUAAGCGUGAAAGCAGCGAGAUGAAUCAACCAAAGAACGCCGAUGAAAGAAAGGGAGAGGGACAGGAUAAACCUCUCGAAAUUCCAAUUCCUGUUCAACAACGACCAGACAGUGUAAUUGGGGACGAAUAUUACAAUGACAUGAGAGUGAAACAAGUAGAAACAAUAAUAUUCGAUAAAGUAAAACGAGUUCGAACAAGUAAAAAGAAGGAACUUCCAUUGCGGCUGAAUGUGGACAUCAGACCACCCGUUGAGGCAUUUCAAUCCCAAACCAAAUUGACGGUUCAAAAGAAACCGAAAUCGCCACCGAUCGAAGGAGUUGUUUAUCGCAAUGAACAUCGCCCAACAGAAAUCUUCAGCUCAAGAAGGCCUUUGCAGAGACGAGCUUCUGAUUCAAUCAUGGUAACGAGGCCCACGCAAAGAAGCGUCAAUACUCAAACAUUAUCACGAAACUUUCGAAGCUCUCUGAGAAUACGAUCGCUCACUCCACAACCGGGAGAUGUCGCUAGAAGUUCAGACUUUCAUGCUCCAUCACCGCGGCCUACUUUUGCUUCAAUUAAAGUAGCAAAAAGAAGCGAGAGACAAGUGAAAUCAGUAUCGCCGAUCCCAAUGCAAACUGUUGUUAUAAAACGGGGACAGCAAUCUGUAUCACCCACGCCAUAUUCAACGUCAUUAACAGUUCCAACAAGUCCACAAUAUGUGGCAAUUAAUCGCCAGAUGAAAAGUCCUACUCGUGCAGCCGCUACGAAAACUUCUGGUGUUUUACUUUUGCCCACAAGAUCAAAUUCAACUAAUAGAUCAUUAUCUCCUUCAUCGUCAGAUAAUAGCUCAAUCAAUUAUGCCAGCAGAGGAGUAGCGAAAGCACCAGAAAGACUGAGAAAAUCUCAGUCACCUUCACCGAUGUAUAUUGCUACAAGAAGCAUUCGCUCUCCAUCACCUUCUUCAUUGAGGAGCACACCCACUAAUGAAAAUAUUAAUUUUUUUCUGAGUGACCGAUAUCCCCCAACAAAGUGGGAGAAAAGACCCGUUUUCCACUAUUCUGCACCUGAUCAUCUCAGAGUACCCUCAGCAGAAAUAAGAUCGCCUUCCCCUGCCUCUUCAAUAACCUCAGGCGGAACUUCAGAACUUAUGGGUUACGCAGGAUUUAGGAGUCCGCCCGACUCCGGCACCGAAUCGUGGUCAUCUUUGCCAUGCCCUUCCCUUCACUCUAUCACUUCUCCUUCCCAAUGUGAUACUGACUGCCUGAUAGUUGCCGAUCCUACUACUGGUCAGAUACCGGAUGAGUUGAGCGAUGCAGCUACCGAUGAAUUAGUAAGAGCUGAUCCAUAUGCCAGAGGGUUUCAAGCAGCGUCUGAAUAUUCAAGAGAUGGAAAAAGACAAAUGAUGUUUCCACCUGACGUCAGACGCAACAUUAGAGUCGUCCACACCGCAGAAACGUCUGUCACACAACCGAUGCAUGAAGCCUUUUUCUUUCAGUCUAGUUCUACUGAUACCGAUGAGACGAUCGACCAAGACUACUUUAACACGUCAAAGGAGACAGUAGUUUUAACGAAGCCGGUUGGACCCAGUACAAGUUACAAGCAGUCAUUACAUCAGACAACCAAGACAACUACAGUGGAUAAGCAUAAUAUAGUGGUUACAAAUGAAACUAUACAUACCGGGUAAACAGACUGUUUUUCUUAAAACUAUUUUUAUAUUUUUGACGGUACUCCCGAAGUAUGUGAACCAAGAUGGCGGACACCGGAACAUAGCAUGUGUACCAGGUUAGGGUU